GUGCCGGCGGCCUGGUUCUUUCUUUAACAAGAUGGCGGCAGGAAGUAAUGGUGGUGGUGGCGGGCAGUGCUCGAAAAGCGAGACCGAUACCGGCUUCUUGGGGCUGCGGCCCACGUCAGUGGAUCCAGCGCUGAGGAGGCGGCGGCGAGGCCCAAGAAAUAAGAAGCGAGGCUGGCGGAGGCUCGCUCAAGAGCCUCUGGGACUGGAGGUCGAUCAGUUCUUGGAGGACGUGCGGCUGCAGGAGCGCACGAGCGGUGGCUUGAUAUCAGAGGCCCCCGAUGAGAAACUUUUCUUCGUGGACACUGGCUUCAAGGAUAAAGAACUGAACAAGAAGAGGACCAAAGGCCAGAAGAGGUCACUGCUUCUCAAGAAGCCCCUCCGGAGUGACCUUAUCCUAGAGAACACCUCCAAGGUCCCAGCUCCCAAAGACGUCCUUGCCCACCAGGUUCCCAACGCCAGGAAGCUCAAGCGGAAGGAGCAGCUAUGGGAGAGGCUGGCGAAGCAGGGCAAGCUGCCCGGGGAGGUGCGCAGGGCGCAGGCCCGGCUCCUCAACCCCCCAGCGGCCAGAGCCAAGCCUGGGCCCCAGGACACCGUCCAGCGGCCCUUCUACGACCUCUGGGCCAAAGGCAACCCUCUGGACCAGCCCUUGGAGGGCCAGGAUGAGUUUUUCCUGGAGCAGACCAAGAAGAAAGGCGUGAAGCGGCCGCAGCAUCUGCACACCAAGCCCUCCCAGGCGCCUGCUGUGGAGGUGACACCCGCGGGAGCCUCGUACAACCCAACCUUUGAGGACCACCAGAACCUGCUCUGGGCGGCCCAUGAGGUGGAGCUGCAGCGGGAGAAGGCGGCCGAGAAGCUGGAGCGGCAGCUGGCCCUGCCGGCCUCGGAGCAGGCCGCUACCCAGGAGUCUGCCUUCCGGGAGAUGUGUCAGGGGCUGCUAGAGGAGUCUGACGGGGAGGGCGAGCCGGGCGAGGGCCAGGACGAGGGGCCCGAGGCGGGAGACCCGGCCGCAAGAGGGGAGGCCUCGCCCGCGCCCGGCCGCCCGGCUGCCCUGGAGAAGAAGACGGAGCAGCAGCGGCGGCGGGAGAAGGCUGCCAGGAUGCUGAGGACGCAGCAAGCCGCAGUGCGGGCCGCCCGCCUCCGGCACCAGGAGCUCUUCAGGCUGCGCGGGAUCAAGGCACAGGUGGCGCGGCGCCUGGCGGAGCUGGCCCGGCGGCGGGAGCAGCGGAAGGCAAAGCGGCUGGCGGAGGCAGACAAGCCCCGGCGGCUGGGGCGGCUCAAGUAUCAGGACCCCGACAUCGACGUGCAGCUCAGCUCGGAGCUCUCUGACUCGCUCAGGACUCUGAAGCCCGAGGGCAACAUCCUCCGUGACCGGUUCAAGAGCUUCCAGAGGAGGAACCUGAUCGAGCCUCGGGAGCGAGCCAAGUUCAAGCGCAAGUACAAGGUGAAAUUGGUGGAGAAGCGUGCGUUCCGGGAGAUCCAGUUGUAGCUGCCAAGAGACGCCGGAGCCCCCACCCCUCAAUAAAGCAGCUCCUGACCAACACCUCUGGCCUCGCUGAGCGUGACUCGUGCCUCGUCUCCCUCCCGGGGGCAGCUGCUCCCCCUGCCGCCCUGCUGAGCACACAGGGAUGUGGGUGCCGGGACCUCCUCUCCACCGAAGCCUGGUGGGAAGCCGCGGCGGGCCGGCAGAGGCGUGGGCGGAGGAGACAGGCCUGCGGUGUGGGCUGCCUGCGCUUGGGUUUCUGAUGCGGAGGUGGCUAUCCAGCGGUGGGGAGGCAGCCCUUGAGAGCACCGUCACAGGGCCGGAGCAGCCCCUGACGUCCGCUACCUGCCCGUCCCGCCUUGUCCAGCCAUUGGUUCAGGAGGCAGGAAUGAUCUGUCCCCCUUUUAAAAGUGAGGAAACUGAUGCUCAUUAGUAGGGAUUAAUCCUCUCACUCCCCCCACCAUAAAGGACUUUUCCAAAUCUUUAUUCUAUAAGUAGUAAAGUGCUGUGGUCUCACUGUAA